AUGGAUAAAUUGUAUAAUUCUUUGGUUCCGAAAUUUAAAGGGAUCGCAAACUCCUACAAAAACCUGGCCUCUCACACAAAAUAAAUUGCUUCAAACACCCUUGAUAAAUUAAACAAAUAAGCAAUUUAAGGCGACAUAGUAGCAAUAAGCAAUAGAUUAUUUUGGAUGGAAUAUCCAUCCAAUGAUAAAAUAGAAAAAUUAUCGAGCUAUUUAAACACUAAUCAUCAGAAUCAUUACUAUAUUUGGAAUGUUGGAGAAAGAGAGUUUACAACUGAAUGGUUUUGCAAUUAAGUUGCCAAUCAUUCACAUCCAGGAUAUCCAUGUCCACCAUUGAUCGAGCUAUUGACGAUUUGCAAAAAUAUAAUCUAUUUUCUAAGUAGUGAUAGGAACAACAUUGCAAUUGUGUGUUGCCAAGAAACUAGGGGUAGAAGUAUCAUGGUAAUAUCAUCAUUGUUGGCGAUUAUGGGUGCUGGUUACCCAGGCGAAUGCUUAUUAAGAGUAUGUGAAAAGACCAACACAAAAGAUUUCUAAGCCUUAUUUCCAUCUUAGCAUUAAUACAUCACUUAUGUUGGGAAUGUCUUAAAUGGUCUGAAAUUAAAUAGUUCUUGUUUAAGAUUGAUUUCAAUUGUUAUAUCUGGAAUUCCUAAAGUCUAAAAUUGCACUAUGUUCAGACCAUACAUCCAAUUGUUCAAGAAUGACAAGUCUAUCUUCAAUUCAUUGACUGAUGGAGAACUAAAAAAUUAUUAAUAAGGAGAUUUAAGUUGCAUAUUCGAUCUCAAAGGAAUUGAACUUUCAGAUGACAUAUUAGUUAGAUGCAAACACUUUGAGAAUAAUAAAACUAGAGUGGCUUUAUUCAGAGUUAUGUUUAAUUGUUCCUUUUUAUUUGAUAACGUACUUAGAGUAUGGGAUAGGGAAUUAGAUAAAAGUCCAUAAAUGAAAACAGAGAAAGAUUUUUUUGUUGAUUUUAUUUUUGAAAGAGGAAAUUAAAAAUCAUUCUAAACUGCAGAUAGACCAUAAACCUUUAGUAAUGAAACCAAGUCAUCUAAUUAAUUAUUAUUAUAAAUUGUAUAAGAAUGUAAAGGAUUAGUAGUAAAAGAAAAGCAUGUUAUCGAUGGAUUGGAAGUAUAACAACAUGAAUAAAAGUCCAAAGAAGAAGUAUUCAGUUUGGGAAAUGAAAUAGAAAAAAAAGAUUACGAGGAUUCAGAUGAAAAAUAAACAUAACAAAAACAAUAACAAAAUAAUAAUAAUAAUAAUAAUAAGAGUAUCAAAAACGACAUUUAACCAUAAUAAUUAUAUUACAGAAUAAGUUAAAAAUCCGCCUUAAUAGUAAUAAGAAUAGUCAGCAUCACCAAAAUAAUAACAAAUAUAAAAGUCAUCAAUUAAAAAUAGUAAAUUAUCAAAAAAGAUAAUGGAUCUGAUGAAAGUGAAGAUGAUGAUGAGUAAUUAGUUGCUAAGUUUGAACAAAAGAUCUAAACAAAAACAGGAGAUAGUGAUGAAGAUUGUGAUGAUUUCUUAGAUAAUUUAAUUAAGUAAGGAGAUAAACAAGAAUGA